CUCGCGGGUUCCAGCCCCCAGCCCGGGCCGUGGACUCCCGCGCGGGCUGGGCAGGGGCGGGGCGUCGCCUCAGCUGAGCUAUCCCGUCAGACCGCGCCAGUUUGAAUGAAAGCUCCUCAAGAUGGCGGCUGCCGAGGCGCGAGGAGCGUGGUGUGUGCCUUGCCUAGUUUCACUUGAUACUCUUCAGGAAUUAUGUAGAAAAGAAAAACUCACAUGUAAAUCGAUUGGAAUCACCAAAAGGAAUCUAAACAAUUAUGAGGUGGAAUACUUGUGUGACUACAAGGUAGUAAAGGAUAUGGAAUAUUAUCUUGUAAAAUGGAAAGGAUGGCCAGCUUCUACAAAUACUUGGGAACCUUUGCAAAAUCUCAAGUGCCCAUUACUACUUCGGCAAUUUUCUAAUGACAAGCAUAGUUAUUUAUCUCAGGUAAAGAAAGGCAAAGCAAUAACUCUAAGAGACAAGAACAAAGCUUUGAGACCUGCUGUUGCUGAAUACAUUGUAAAGAAGGCAAAACAAAGGAUAGCUCUGCAGAGGUGGCAAGAUGAACUCAACAGAAGAAAGAAUCAUAAAGGAAUGAUUUUUGUUGAAAAUACUGUUGACUUAGAGGGCCCACCUUCAGACUUCUACUACAUUAAUGAAUACAAACCAGCUCCUGGAAUCAGCUUAGUAAAUGAAGCUACCUUUGGUUGUUCGUGCACAGAUUGCUUCUUUGAGAAAUGUUGUCCUGCUGAAGCUGGAGUUCUUUUGGCUUAUAAUAAAAACCAACAAAUUAAAAUCCCACCUGGUACCCCCAUUUAUGAAUGCAACUCAAGGUGUCAAUGUGGACCCGAUUGUCCCAAUCGGAUUGUACAGAAAGGUACACAGUAUUCACUUUGCAUCUUUCGAACUAGCAAUGGCUGUGGCUGGGGUGUAAAAACCCUUGUGAAGAUUAAAAGAAUGAGUUUUGUCAUGGAAUAUGUUGGAGAGGUAAUUACAAGUGAAGAAGCUGAAAGACGGGGACAGUUAUAUGACAACAAAGGAAUCACAUAUCUCUUUGAUCUGGACUAUGAAUCUGAUGAAUUUACAGUGGAUGCAGCUCGAUAUGGAAAUGUGUCCCAUUUUGUGAAUCACAGUUGUGACCCAAAUCUUCAGGUGUUCAAUGUUUUCAUUGAUAACCUCGAUACUCGUCUUCCCCGAAUAGCAUUAUUUUCUACAAGAACCAUAAAUGCUGGAGAAGAGCUCACUUUUGAUUAUCAAAUGAAAGGUUCUGGGGAUGUAUCUUCAGAUUCUAUUGACCACAGCCCAGUCAAAAAGACGGUCAGGACUGUGUGCAAAUGUGGAGCUGUGACUUGCAGAGGUUACCUCAACUGAAGAAUUUUCAGGAAAAAGAGCUUAUGAUAAUUGUAGUUUUGUUUUUUCAAAUGUUAACUUUUUAAAAAAUAAGUAUUCAGGACUCUUCAUAUUACAAAGACUAUACACUAUGUUAAUAUACAAUUCAUGUUUCAAACUGUUGGCCAAAUAAAUGCAUUACUGAUGCUUCUGAAGACAGGAACACAGGGUCACAUAGACUAAUUGAAAUACAUAUAUUUAGUGGUUAGAUGUCAAACAUGCAGACCAUUCACAGAUGAGCGUAUAUAUACUUAAGAAGUCUGUGUUAAUAGAGAAAAUGUCUCCUUCAGUAUUUAAAUGUUAAACUGAUAAAGGAACAAUCACUAAGAUCAAACAUUUAACUUGCCAUACUCCUGGAAUUUAAAGAGUUAAUUCAAAUUGGCAUAUAUGCAAGUUCUAUUUUUGUUAUUCUGUUGUCAUUCCUGUUUACUUACUACUCACCUUAUUUGUAUUUGAGACAGUAGGUGAUACUGAAUUAUAGUCUCUCUUCUACUUCUUUCCCUAAAACAUUGGGAUCUUAAUACAAAGUUAUGGUCUACAAUUUAAAAAAAUUUAAUUACACCUUGAUUUCAUAUUUUGAAGCAGUCUAGACCACUGAGGCAUGUAUGUCUGUACCAAUAAUUCUUAAAGAUUUCUUAAUCCUGUAGAAGAAAAAUCUCCAAAAAAAACCUAAAAUUGUAGAAUGGCUGCCUAUUAUGCUUCUUUGAAAGAGUGAGGCAGUGGGACCAGGAGGGUUUUUUGGAAUGCCAGGCAGGGAAAAUGGAGCACUUUAAAGGCCCUAGUCUGACAUGAAUUAGAUCCAUGCUGAGUACCUGUCCGCUUAACAGUAAAAUAAGAUGCUCCUGAGAGCAGCUGUACUUAAUGACAGUGUUCCACACGGUGCAUUACAUAAGCGUGUGGAUUUCAGGCAAUUUUAACAUGCUUUCCACCAAAUUUAAUUAUUUUUAUACUUCCUACAGGCUCUUAAAAAGUAAUCUAUAUUUUGAACUAAUAGUUAUUUUGUACAUGAAUUUUUUAAAUGUGAUAAAGCUGACCAUUUGUUACUUGAACUGUUGAGACUGAAAUGGAAAAUAUCCAUUGUUUUGUUUUGUUUUUCCUGCAUAGUAAAACCUCAAUCAGGAAACUGUUUUCAUCUCUUUCUGAUUCUGAGAUUUCUAAUGAUGGUGCCCAACAUGAAGGUAAAUGAAGCAAAUCUAGCUUUUGGUAUUGCUAAUUAAGUUCUUCCUGAGCUCAUUGCCCUAGGCUUUAAUGACCUAAAAUAAGCUUGGGUAAAACUGAACUGACUUCUGGGCUGCAGCACUUCAAGUAUCUUCUUAAUCCUUUACCUCUUCUGGGGAGAAGCUACACUUCAUCGUUCAUUCUGUUGUUACCAUGUGACUUUGCUCUUUCAUAAUGUAGGAUAAGUUUUUGCAUGUUUGAAGCUUCAGAAUACAUAUCUGCUAACCAAAAUUUGUGGAAUGUGCCAAGGAAAAAAUACAUGUUUAGUGCCAUUUCUUAAGUUUUCUUUUUGAAAAAAAAUAGUCACAUAUGGUGUCAGUGGUGAGAAAAGUUGCAGAUUUAAGGGUGGCUCCCAGUGGCCAGGCUUACUUUCAAUCUAAUUCUCACAGGUUUAAAGAUGUAAUUUUAACAUUCUUUUUAAAAUCUCAGUGUUUUCUAUCCAGUUAUUUGAUGUCUCCUUUUUUUGUGUUAAAAAAUGUAGAACAGGAGGGCAAAAGGAAAAUGGCUGCCUUCAGUAAACUUUUGUCCUUAUUAAUAGAAAUUUAAUGGACCUUUGAGAUUUUUAAUUACCUUGUGUUAGUUACCCUUACAGUAAAAAACUGAACUUAAGCCGUGAAAUAAUAGAAAUUAUUUAAACGAACCUACUGGGAGCUUUUAACUAUUUUAAGUCAACAUUUAGUUUCUUUAAAUUAGCUUCAUAAGUUGUCUGAAUUUGUCCUUAAAAUAAUCAAGGAUAAUAUUUAGAUCAUUUAAACUGUAAAUCCCUAUACAAGUUGUAUUAAUACCAUUGUUUUGAGUAUCUACAUAAGAUUGUGAUACACAAUUGGUAAUCUCAGGGUUUUUUCCCCAUAUAUGCAAAAUCUAGACUGCACUUAUUUUUCUUACAGUUUUUCUUUAGCAAAAUAAUUCAGUCAUUUGAUUUUCUAUUUAGCAUGGUUUUAGCUUUGUUUCUGAAUAUUUUACUGUCAUUUACUGCCACAAAAGUGGCAGAAAAAUACUGAUGGUAUCCCUACCUACUUUGGAGAUUAACCAAAGGUCUUUACACCAUUCCUUUAAAUGUUACUUUGCUUGUAAGAAAGUUUGUCAUUGUCAUGGUUCAUUCAUCUGAAUAUUAAAGUAGAAAAUUAGCAUAAUGUGGGUGGAUACUUCUAAAAUUUUUUGAGCAUUAGUCACCAGGUCCUUAAACAUAUCACACUAAGUAUUGCCUGUAAGUGCAAAGGAAUUUUAGAAUUAGAAUUUACAUUCUUUGAGCUAGAUUUAGGCCCUUUAUAUGUACUUCUGUGCUUCUCAUCAAUCUGUGAGGUUGGUACCAUCAUCCCUCUGGUAUACCAGAGGAAGUUAGGUAACAUUUACAUGCCCAAGAUCACCCAGCUCGGAGGCAGUAAACUAUACCUAAUUAUUUUUAGUGUAGUCAACCAACUUCAGACAGGUAGUUUUAAGAACCUAUUCCUACUGUUUUGAGCAAACUUCCAAGUUUUGAAUUCUUCUCUAACACAAAUGUGGGUAGCUGCUGGGUUUCUUUGGUGCUAUAUCUUGGUAUUUUGAAACUUUUCUUUUCACUUCUCCUUUAUACUUUAUGAUUUUUGAAGUAAAAAUCAAGUAGCCACUUGAAUUAGUUCUACCCACUCUUAUGCUGUUUUAAAAGGCAUUAUUGCACAGUGGUUAAGAGCAUGGAUGCUGGGCCCUAAAUUGCCUGUGUUUCAGUCCUGGCUUUGCCUCUUACUAGCUGUGUGAAUUGACCUCUCCGUGCCUUAGCCUCCUCACUCAUCUGUGGGGAGAAAAAAAUGGAUCUACCUCAAAGGAUGACUGUGAGGACUAAAGGAGUUAAUAUACAAUGUGUAGAGAACUCAGCAUUCUCAUAGAGUAAGUACCCUAUGUAAGUAUUAGCUCUCGUUGUUCUGUACUGUAAAUCUGUACUUUAAAAUCUUUGGUGAUCAUGGCAAGUUUUUAUUUUUAAUCAAGUCUGUUCUCAUGCUCUUAGCCCUUAAAUUCAUUCAGCCAGCAUUUACUAUGCCAGAUUCAGACAAAGAAUGAAAAUGUGGCAGUAAAAUUGAUGGUGUGAUUAUAAAAUGCUAAGAAUAUAUUCAGAAAAUGUUCACAGGCAAGUUUUAAACACCUACCUUGGAUCAUAAGCUGUAUUAAGAUAAAGUCAUGUCCGUGAAUAUAUACAAAUGUAUAUAGUUACAAUUGAUUACAUGAUUUAAGGUGUGCUUUACAGCCAUAAAUGACAAAUGAAGUCUCUGGGUUUCUGUAAUAGGCCUGUUGUAGUUAUGACUUAAUCAAGUGAUUUGCAGUCUCUACUGAUGCUCUCGAGUAAUUUUAUAUCUGCUUUGAAUUUAUUUAGGUAAUAGGAGAGAUAGGCAAAAUGAAAUGAAUAUAAAUGUAAUCCUGCCCCACUCAUACUGAGUCUGUAGAAUGUAUUAAAAGCUCAGAGUAGCAGCUGACUUAGAAAAAAAGGGGGUCAGUGUUCCCAUAAAACUCUGUAUUCUCUGUCUUACUUUGUCUCUAGGUACCUUACUAUGCUGAUAUUAGUCUCUGUUGGUGUUCAUAUUAAAACUAUUGAAUAAUUUAUGGCAGAUACACUUCUGUAACAUAUUUCUCAAAGACCAUUCAGAAAGGAGUUGAACCAGGCCCCUCACUCCUAUCCCUAUCCCAUGUCAGUUACUUCCCCUCAUCCUUUCUCUUGUACAAGGUUCUCGGCUGAAGUUUGAAGUCUAGGUGUCACUGUCUGGUUUUUCCCCAUGAAUGUGGACAAGAGCUGAUUUGUCCUUCUGGCAUUGGGAGACAUUCCCUUCUGGGGUAUUGAGGGCUGGUUUCAUGGGUUCUCUUGGCUUUGGGUCAUUUGUGCACCUAGUUUAUUUUCCUCUCUCACUGACUCUUAAAUCUUGAAACUAUAGUUUUGUGGAUCCAAUACUUAUUUUUGGCUAAUUACCAUGCAGCAUGGUGGUAAUGCAUAUCAUGGUUUAAUUGAACUGCAAGUUGUGUUUUAGCGUAGCCACUUGUUUUUACUGAAAUCUCCGCUGCUUUCCUUCAUCUAUGAAAUGUCAGCAUACCAAAGUUGCUCAUAAUACAUGAAUAAAACUUCAUUAAACCCCCGUGUGUAACUGCAAAUUAUACCCUAUUGAUGGACUUUAAAGAAGCUUAGUGACUCAUAAUGCUCACACUUUUCCUGUUUAAUUAUUUUUAGGUCCUAAUUUUUCCAGUUUUAAUUUUACCACUGUUAUUUACAACAGCAUUCUUAAGUGAUAUAACAUCUUUUGAGAUAAAUAAGGGCUGUUUUUUUUCCUGAAGCCAUCAGUUUAUUGUAUUAGGACCAAGUUAUGGUCUUUCAAUUUGAAGUGUAUUUAUGCCCCAGUAUGUGGUCUGUCUUGGGCAAUGUCACAGGCACUUGAAAAGCAUGUACUCUGCUGUUGUUGGGUGGCGUGUUCUCUAAGUGUCCAUUAGAUCCAGCUGGUUGGUGGCUCUGUUCAGUUCUUCGCUGUCCUUGCUGAUUUUCUGUAGAGGAAUUCUGUUACAGAGAGAGGGAGGGUCAAGGCCCUAGCAUACUUCUCACAGUAGUGAGUCCUCCUUUCAUUGGUUGUGCUUUGGCAUUAGGAACACACACAUUUAGGAUGAUGUCCUCAGUGAACUGGAGCCACUCUAGCCUUUCUCAGU